UUGAACUCGAACAUAAACACUCUCUUCUCAACUUGAUCAGCCUGGUGCUUGUAAUUUCGCUUUCUACUUCACCAGCUCAGUCGGCACGAUGUCAGUCGUCCCUGCCCCCGAGAAAGCUGUUGUGCCCGGUGCAUAUGUAGGCGACCCGCCUACCCCAUACACGGAAGACGUCCCGGCACCCCUUCGUCGUGCAACCUCCCGGUUGCAGUUUCCACCGUCCUAUGUGGUUGUCGGGUUCUAUAGGCUGGUCACAGACAGGAAUCUCUACGUUCCGGCGUGGCAGAAAUGUAAGCAUGGGUUCGUGAGAGGCGCUACAGUGGCCCUCGUAUGGGGAAUUGGUUCGUUCAAGAUCCAACGGAAGUUCGUGGAGGUUUUCCUCAUUAAUUCCCCUCGCGUGAGCGGCCUGUCGCAGAACGCGAUCUUUGGCAUACCCAUGCCCUUCGACCUUCCCACAUACGCGACCCUCUUCUUCCUCUCUAGCCAAGUCUCAGUUGUCAUCUACUUUUUCCUCUCGCGCAACAUUCGUAUCGCCCGCGAGCGCGCAUACGACCAGACCAUCACCUCGCGCGGCAAGGGCGCGGACUGGUGGCGCCCGUACGUGGAGGAAUGGGACAACCCGCCGCGCGUGGAGGGCAAGCGCUGGGGCCUCGGGCUGUUCAUGAGCGGGGCGGUUGGACGGAUCGUAACCAAGCUGCUCAUGAUCCCGCUCAACUUCGUGCCGUUUGCGGGUAUCUUCAUCGCGGCGUGGUUCAGGUCGCUGGGCACGGCGCGGUACCUGCACCAGCCUUACUUCAAGGCGAAGAACAUGACCACCGACCAAGUCUCGACGUUCAUCGAAGAGCGCAAGUGGGACUACCGAGCCUUUGGUUUCGCGGCGGCCCUGGCCGAAAGACUCCCGCUCAUUGGGAUGAUAUUCUCAAUUUCCAACCGGAUCGGGGCGGCCAUGUGGGCGCAUGACCUCGAGAAACGCCAGCAUUACGUGGCAGCGGUCAAGGCAGGCCUGGCACCCGGCGUCGAUACGCCCAAGCUGAAAGGAGAGUGAAUACGCGAUGCGUGUUUUCUCGCGCCCGUGCCGACGGGGGCUCUGUAGGGGUGGGGGAUAUUCCGAUCCCGGUGGGAACGGAAUAGGUAGCCCAUGCCUCUACACAGCUGUGUGGAGGCACAGGAGUCGCCUAGGUCCGCGCAUCUGCUCGCGGUGCUCGCGACCCGGUGUGUGGGUGUAACUGUAUAAUAUAUUAGCGGGCAUUGACGCAACCGCCUGAAGGGAAAUGUCGCUGCUACAUCUGGCAUUGAACGCCUCUAUGUAACUUAUUCGGCAGUGCCUAUCAAUGCGAUAACAGCUGACCCG